AUCUCAUCACCCCUGAGGACCCGGCUCCCAGAAUGGGACUGUUGGUUGUGGUAUCGCCUGGGGGCGCAACCUAUUCAUAUGAUCUUGCUACGGACACGAGCCCCUCCAACUUGGUAUUUAUUGGGAAAGCGACAGACAGCGCGUCAAGCCUUGCCUCAAAGCCGUCCGCUUCUGUCACUGAAACAUCUAACUAUCAGUCGAGGCACACUGCAAUAGUGCCCGCCAAAUACCAGGAACACUACGCCGCUUCAUCCAGAUUCCAGGCUCCGACUCGAACGCAAGGUUCUAUUCUCCUACGAGAAAAUGUGCACAUAAAGUGGAGGCUUGCCUCGAUUGCUUGCGGAGGACGAUUCAGGCGGCUGUCGAGGACCAAAACUUUGGAGGCGAAGAAAACACUGGCAUUAAAUGCCCGACAAUUGGCUGUAAUCAGUGGAUGGAGUACUCAGAUAUUGAAUACUGGGCCAAUACGACAGUAUUUCAGCAGUGCUUACGACAAAAUUCUGUUACAGUAUUCACUUCAAGCUCGUGAUGACUUUCUUUAUUGCCUGAAUCCACACUGUGACGAAGGCCAAAUACAUGCCGAGAAAGGUCCGAAAAAAGGAGAUGCGAUGGGGUUCAAUAAAACGGGGAGCCUGGCCGAAUUCACGUCCACCAUUGGGCUACCCUCGUACCCAUGCGCUUAUCACUCUGUAUCAGGCGUUGGUGGGUUAUUGAAGCCUCAAGACGUGAAUAACCAGAAAAAGUACACUACAAUACAUGAAUGGAGAACACAUGAUUUACGCCUCAGUCAAGAUCUCAUCCUUGGCGGCCUGGGCGACGAUACCACGCCUUGCAAUACCAGUAGCGUUACGGGCGAACUCGGAGUGGGUCACUCCAUUGACGUGCUGGCGCUCGCGUCCGACGUCCAACUCAUCCAUGAACUUGAAUGCGAACUGCACAGCAGGGCGGGUCAUGACGCGAGCGUGCCAGUUGGCGAGGUGGGGGAACUCGCGCUCGACGUUGAAGUUGACGGGCAUGAGGUGGCGGAUGGCGUAGUCGUUGUACUUGACGAAGGCGAGAUCGGCGAUGGUGCACUUGUUUCCGACCAACCUAUGGGCCUUCUUGCUCAAGACGUCGUUCAAGACGCCGAAGAUGCGCUUGAUUUCAUUCUGGAACCUGCGACGUACAGAAGGGAUACGCUCGGGGUGAUAGAACAUGAACCAUUGGCAGUUGCCGAAGGUAGGUCCCUGGUGGGAAGCCUGGUAGAAGAGCCCUAUAGAAGGGAGGUAAGGUACGCGCUGUCGUCGGCAGAGGCAGAGGCGAGGAAACGUACAAGUGUCAAGAUCGGCCUUCUCCUUCUCGUCGGUGACAAGGAGCUUCUUCUCCGUAUCGUAGCGUUCGGCAAUGUACUUGAGGAUGGCGUUGCUCUCCCAGAUGACCUCGUCGUUGUUAGAGUGGUCGACAAGGGUGGGGAUACGACCGUUGGGGUUCAACUUGCGGUACUCCUCCGUCUUGUGUUCCUCCUUGGCGAAGUCGAGGAUGACCUCCCUAAACAAACGUCGGUCAGAAUGCACGGAGGGGAGAGGGGCUAG